GCCAAUGAAAGUACCUCCAUCAUUUUCUCUCAGGACAGAUUCAGAGAGGCAGCACAGAGCAACAGUUCAAGAUAGUCAUUUCCGGUGGUCAAGUAGAGAAGGGCAGCCUGCAGCCAUGGGACAGGCCCUGGGGAUCAAGACCUGCGACUUCCAGACAGCAAGAAACAAUGAGGAGCACCACACCAAGGCCAUCAGCUCCCAGCACCUCAUUGUGAGGAGAGGGCAACCCUUCACCAUCAUCCUGCACUUCCAGGCUCCAGUCCAAGCAUUUAUACACACCCUGAAGAAGGUAACCCUCAUUGCACAAACUGGAGAGUACCCUUCCAAGGCCAACAAGACCCAAGCCACAUUCCCAAUUUCCAGUUUGGGGGACCAGAAGUGGUGGAAUGCAGCAGUGGAAGACAGAGAUGACCAGUCCUGGAAGGUCUCUGUAACUGCACCCGCAGAUGCUAUCAUCGGCCACUACUCACUCCUGCUACAGGUCAUGGGCAAGAAGCCACUCCUCCUAGGCCAGUUCACACUGCUCUUUAACCCUUGGGCUCGAGAGGAUGCCGUGUUCCUGAAGAAGGAGUCUCAACGCAGGGAGUACGUGUUGAACCAGCAUGGCCUCAUCUACCUGGGUACAGCUGACUGCUUCCAGGCAGAGCCCUGGGACUUUGGCCAGUUUGAGUGUGGUGUCAUCAACCUCAGCCUGGGCUUACUGAACUUGGACAAGCAGGUGGAGAAGUGGGGCAACCCCGUGCAUGUGGCCCACAUUUUGGGCGCUUUGCUGCAUGGUCUCAAGGAGAAGAGUGUCCUGCCCACUCCACGGACCGACACCACCCAGGAAGGGGUCUUGCUGUACAAACGCCGGGGCAGUGUGCCCAUCCUGCGGCAGUGGAUCACAGGCCAAGGGCGACCUGUGUAUGAUAGUCAGGCCUGGGUGUUUGCCGCAGUUGCUUGCACAGUGCUGCGAUGCCUGGGAAUCCCUGCCCGCGUCAUUACCACAUUUACGUCAGCCCAGGGAACUGGUGGACACCUGUUUGUAGAUGAAUACUACAAUGAGGAGGCCCUUCAGAAUGGAGAAGGCCCAAGAGGCAGAAUCUGGAUCUUCCAGACUUCCACAGAAUGCUGGAUGACCCGGCCUGAUUUGCCCCAAGGUUAUGACGGAUGGCAGAUUCUGUACCCAAGAGUUUCCAGUGGAGGAGGAGUCCUGGAGUCCUGUGAUCUGGCCCCUGUCAGAGCAGUAAAGGAGGGGACACUAGGGCUGACUCCUGCAGUAUCAGACCUUUUUGCCGCAGUAAAUGCCUCAUGCAUGGUCUGGAAGUGUCGUGAGGAUGGCGCGCUGGAGCUGACCAACUCCAACACUAAGUAUGUUGGCAACAACAUUAGCACCAAGGGUGUGGACAGUGACCGCUGUGAGGACAUCACUCAGAACUACAAGUAUCCUGAAGGAUCUCCUCAAGAAAAAGAGGUGUUGGAGAAAGUCCAGGAUGAGAGAAUGGGACAUAAAAAAGACAGUGGCAUCCAUCCUCCUAGUCUCAAGACCGCUGAGACUCUGUACAUGUUUUUGGAAGCACCCAGCUCCCUAUACCUGGGCGGGAAUGCCCAGUUCUCAGUGAACUUAGUUAACCCCAGUGACCAGGAGAAGGCAGUACAGCUGGCAAUUGGUGUACAAGCGAUAUACUACAAUGGCAUCCUUGCUGCUGAGCUCUGGAAAAAGAAGCUGUCCUCUAUGCUUGAUGCCUACAUGGUUAACAGUAUCACCAGCAAUCUGUCCUUCUUACAUUUUGAUCAAAACCCACCAGAGAACAGCUUCCUGAGACUCACAGUCAUGGCCACAGUAACACACUCUGCAUCCAGCCUCAGCUGCUUUGCUCAGGAAGACAUUGCCAUUUGUAGACCACACCUUGCCAUUGAGAUGCCAGAGACAGCAGAGCAGUAUCAACUUCUUAGGGCUUCAGUUAGCCUCCAUAACUUCCUAGACAUUCCCAUGAAGGACUGUGUGAUCUCCAUCUUUGGAAGGGGGCUCAUUUACAGAGAGAGAAGGUACAGAUUAGCUACAGUGUGGCCCGGAAACAUCUUGCACACCCAAUUUCAGUUUACACCAACACAGGUGGGGUUCCAGAGGCUCAUUGUGGAAAUGGACUGCAAUCUGUUCCAGAACCUAACCAACUACAGAAACGUCAUCGUGGAAGCCUCUGAACUUCCUGCUUAAACCUCCAUUAAGUAUCUCAUAAUUAAAGUCUGAAGUUGAUAACAUGAACUUGGCCCACUAGAGAAAUAUGAAAACUAUUACGUAUAUAGAAUACCAGCCCUUGAAGAGAAAAUAAAAGAACUAGACUCCUUUUGUACAAAGUUA